AUGGCCGCACCAUCCUCACUGUUUUCCCUCUCCUUCCCCUUCGACCCUCAAAUCCAAACACUCUCUUUCUCUUUCUCAUUCUCUUUCCCCUCUCACUUCUCUCUCUUCUCCUCCACCAAACCCCGUUACCCCUCUUUCAAAGUUUCCUCUUCCCACUCCUCCUCCCCCCUCACCUCCAGCUUCCUCACCGAUGACGACCUCCGCCGCCUCCGCUCCCUCGAAUCCUUCCUCUACCGCCGUGACCUCCCGUCCGGCUCCCUCUCCGUCCGCCUCAUGCGGCCCGACGAGACUCGCCCCACCGUCCUCCUCCUCGCCCAAUCCUUCGCCGAAUCCUUGCUCAUCCCCGCCGCCUAUGUCAACCUCCUCGCUUUCCUCAUCAACCAGUACCUCCUCCAACGCAUGACCCUUAUGCCCAACACCGCCACGCUCGUUGCCUUCUACACCCAAACACCAACCUCAUCACCACCUAUUGGUGCUGGUAAAGAAGAGGAGAAAGAAAAACUAGAACAAGAAGAAGAAGAAGCUCACUUGGCGGGAACUGUGGAGAUCUGUUUCAACAGAAGAGGCGCCAAUGCUUCCGUUCCCACGCCCACCCCUCCCAGGGACUCGCCCUACAUUUGUAACAUGGCCGUGCAAAAAUCUCUUAGGAGGAGGGGCAUUGGCUGGCAUCUUCUAAAGGCAAGUGAGGAAUUGAUUUCUCAGAUGAGUUCCUCAAGAGAGGUUUACUUGCAUUGCAGAAUGAUUGAUGAAGCUCCAUUUAAAAUGUAUACAAAAGCAGACUACAAAGUUGUAAAGACAGAUAGUAUUUUAGUCCUACUGAUGUUGCAGAGGCGCAAGCACUUGAUGUGCAAGAAACUCCCACUUUUAAGUACGACUUCAGAAACAGAUCUGUCAGAGUAUGACAAGCAAAAGACUAUGUGA